AUGCACAGCCUCUCACGCCGGUUCAGUGCCGCCACCCUCUUCCUGGUCCUAUGCCUGCAGCUGGGAAUCAGCAAGGCUCAGGAUAGCACAAGUAUUCGAAAACCACUUAAAUUUUAUUUAGACGUUCCAAAAUCUGCAAUGUCAGGCGAGGAGAUCACUGUGAAACUUGGACUUGAGACAGAAUAUAGAGAAUGUUUGGUGGUCAAAGCUUACCUUGUAAGUCCUACCCCAAUGGAAGGUAACUUCAGUUUUAACCAAACCCGCUGCCUCUGUAAUGAUUAUAGAGUAACAUUCUACUGGGACUUUCCAGUCCACGAAACUGUCAAUUUUGCAAUAGUGGUUGAAAUUACUAAGGAUAAAAACAUCUGCCCUAACGAUGUGGCAGUGGUGCCCAUCAAUGGAGACAGGUAUCACACUUUUCGCACUGUGUCCGUGAUCUAAUGGAAGCUUUUUAUGUCUCUGAAAGCCAAAGUAAUUUUUCUCUAAGUAAAAUUGACCGGAAUAUCCA